AUGGGUGAUGUGGUCGUAUCGACAAAUAUCGCGGAAACGUCAUUGACCAUUGACGGUGUGGUUUUUGUGAUUGAUCCGGGGUUCGCUAAACAAAAGGUGUAUAAUCCACGCAUCCGGGUAGAAUCUUUACUAGUCACCGCAAUCAGCAAAGCAUCCGCACAACAGCGUGCUGGUCGUGCCGGUCGAACGAAGCCGGGCAAGUGUUUCCGUCUCUACACAGAAAAGGCCUAUGCGACAGAGAUGCAAGAGAACACCUAUCCGGAAAUUUUGCGAUCUAAUCUGGGUACUGUUGUGCUUCAGAUGAAGAAACUUGGUAUCGAUGACUUGGUUCAUUUCGAUUUCAUGGAUCCACCAGGUUCGUUCCCGUUGAGAGUUUCUGAGUUUACCCCACCAUCGUGA